AUGCAGAAAACCCUCAAAAGAAAGCGCCAACAAUCCUCCUCGGUGGAAGGUGAAGCCCAGCCGAAGCAAGAACCAUUCCCGACCCACACCCGACCCACCCCAGAAGAAUGCCGAGCCAUUAGAGACGACCUCUUGGCUCUCCAUGGUUUCCCUCAAGAGUUCGUUAAGUAUCGCAACCAGAGACUCAAUCGUAACCCCAAUGCCGAGCCCGAUCUUUUCAGUGAUAGUGUCAAAUCAGAGCCGUUGGAUGAUGAUGGAGAGGAUGAGAGUGUCCUAGAUGGUUUGGUCAAAACUCUAUUAUCCCAAAACACUACUGAAGUUAAUUCUCUCAAAGCUUUUGCUUCUCUCAAGUCCGAAUUCCCCACUUGGGAAGAUGUUCUAGCUGCUGAACAUAAAUAUAUAGAGAACGCUAUAAGAUGUGGAGGUUUAGCCCCUACAAAGGCAUCUUGUAUUAAGAAUAUUUUGAGUUGCUUGCAUCAGAGUAAAGGCAAAUUAUGCUUGGAAUACUUGAGAGAUUUAUCAGUUGAUGAAAUUAAGGCUGAGCUCUCUCGUUUCAAAGGCGUUGGUCCCAAAACGGUGGCCUGUGUAUUAAUGUUCCAUCUUGAGCAAGAUGAUUUUCCGGUCGACACACAUGUAUUUGAGAUUGCAAAGGCAAUGGGUUGGGUCCCAGCUAUGGCAGACAGGAAUAAGACUUAUCUUCAUCUCAAUCAACGGAUUCCAAACGAACUUAAAUUUGAUCUGAAUUGUCUUCUUUACACGCAUGGGAAGAUCUGUCGUAAUUGCAUCAAGAAAGGAGUUAACCAGAAAAGAAAGGAAUCCCAAGAUAAUCCAUGUCCUCUAUGGAAUUACUGUAAGAACCUUGACAUGACAUAACUAACAACCUCAAUUAUUGGAUCUCAAUCUAACAGUCUUGGUUAUCCCCUUUUCUUCCAAUUGUGUGCAAACGACUUUACAGAUGACUCUAUGAGGAUCCAAUGAGAAGUUACUCAUUGUUCAUUUUUGAAGAUAUGGCAUCAAUUUAAGUGACUUUAUAUAUAUGAUAAACAGCACACAAUUCUAGCUCCUUAUUGUAGACCUUUCUAGAUUUUGCAUGCAAUUUCAAUAUUUAAGUGAGUGUGCAACUCUUGAACU